AUGGGAGUUGGGCCGAGAUUGGCCCAACUCCCAUCAGGGACUCGAGCCUUCUGGUCUCUCGCCAAAGCUGUCCAAGGGAAUUUUUGUCAGCCCGCCAUUCCGCCACUGCACAGGGAGGAUGACUCUCUGGCCCACACUGCGAAGGAGAAGGCUGACCUUUUGGGCUGUCUCUUCGCGUCUAACUUGACUUUGGAUGACCGAGGGAGAUCACCACCGACCAUUUCGCGGUGUGAUUCUUCGAUGCCGGAAAUCACAUUCCGGCAACGUGCUGUCCGCAAAGCACUAUCUUCCUUGGACAUUCAUAAGUCGAGCGGGCCGGAUGGUAUCCCCCCAAUUGUGCUGCGUACUUGUGCUCCUGAGUUGGCUCCGGUCUUAACGCGCCUUUUCCGGUACCUGUACUCGCUCGGCACUGUCCCGAAGUGCUGGAAGACCGCUUUGAUACAUCCGAUCCCUAAAAAAGGCGAUCGCUCUGAUCCGUCCAACUAUCGCCCAAUAGCUAUAACCUCCUUGUUCUCCAAAAUAAUGGAAUCCAUUGUUAAUUGCCAGCUCUUGAGGUAUCUAGAGGGCCACCAGCUGAUUAGCGAUUAUCAGUACGGCUUUCGUCGUGGUCGUUCGGCUGGUGACCUUCUUGUAUACCUUACACAUAGAUGGGCAGAGGCAAUUGAGUCCAAGGGGGAGGCGCUAGCGGUUUGUUUGGACAGCGAAAGCCUUCGAUCGGGUGUGGCACAGAGCACUGCUCUCGAAGCUUCCAGCCUAUGGGCUUCCCGAGAAAUUACGCGAUUGGAUCUCCAGCUUUCUGGCCGAUCGGAGCAUCAAGGUCGUCAUCGACGGAGCAUGUUCCGACCUAAAACCCGUAAACGCUGGGGUCCCACAAGGCUGUGUUCUAUCCCCGACCCUAUUUCUUCUGCAUAUCAAUGA